AUGAAGCUCCUGUCAGCCUCCCUUCUCGUCCUUUCUCUGUCACUCGGCUCCUUUGGCGCCAGGCUCGUGGAGCGCUCCAAGUUCUCUGCCAAAGAAAAGUGCCCUUCUGCGGUACAGGUUGCAUCCACGACGAUUAACGCGAACGGCAUUGAGAUCGUUCGGCAGUCUUUCUAUUGCCCUGAUGGCAGUCUCGUGAAGGCAGGAGUACCUGUUGGAAACGGCAAGACUUUUGCGUCAAGCGCACUCGAGAGACGUAAUGCCGCUGAAUGCAAAACACCGGCUCCGGAGUGCCAGUGUGGUACAGCAUUCAGCUGCGAAUGCCAGAACGUAACCGCGAAAGCGCCCGCCUCUGGGGACUGCAACACCCUUGUUAAUUCAUUGAGCGUGGUGUCUCAAGCGGCCGGCCCGACUUUCAUUGUUCAGCCUGACAGCUUCGAGUUGGUUUCGUUCAACACAUGUGCACUUGAAUUCACUUCAUUCUCUAACACGCCGUUGGAAUACUGCUGGGAUGAGCUCGCAAACACUGGAGGUCUUGUCAACCAGGUCUGUUUCGAACAGGCAAAUGGUGGAACUGCUGCAGCUUGCAAUUCGAACAACGGUCUCUGGCUGUCCCAGGCCAUUCGUCCCUCAAAUUGAGGGCUAACAAGAUUGCAAGUCAGAAAUACCGUUGUGUUUCAAAUUCAGAAAGGCAACUUUUUUCUCUGGGUUCUCUUAGUAUACCUGUCUUCUUGGGUUUCUUGUCAAUAAAUGCG